GCUCUGGCUACGUCAGAGUCAGUUCAGGAUCCUACGUUAGCUGGCACCCAACGAUACUUGGGUUGAGUUCAUUGGCAGCGGCGAGUCAUGGCUGCUCAAGCUCGCUCAUGUAUCACAGUUGAGGGUUACAUCGAACCACGAAAAGACAAAGAGUCGGAGGAAGAUUCGGACAGCGAGGAGAACCAGGAACCCGAGGAAGAUUUGCAGUUCCUCGACCUCAACGACAUGAUAAAUGUUUCCCUCGGUGCCAACUCUGUCAACGCCUCUUCUGUGGUCGGGCGGUUCGUUAAAAUCAAAGACUUUGGAUCUGGUGAAACCUACGAGGUGUUUGGACGGUUUCAUUUGACUUCUCCUUGGUGGAAAGUGACUGCAAAAAUCCAUUGUCAUCAGAAAAAAUGGAAGUUACACGGGUAUCCUUCUUAUGCUCUCGUGCACCCGGGCCAAAAUGGAACGAGCAUCAUCAGCCUUUUCUUAACAAAAUGCCGCGUUCACUCAGAUUACAUAACAACACUUUUUUAUUAUUUCCCUCGCUUCGACAAUCUUCAAUUUUCAAAAUUAUUCAGCAUUUUACAACAAACUGCAGACGAGGGGGAGGAUGAAAACAAAAAAGAUUUUGCAACCUCCAUUAUUGCCUCCAUAUCUAGUUCAGUUGAAGGUCAGAAUGUGCAGAAGGCUGUGAAGUUCCAAAGUUUGAUGAAGUAUCUGCCACAACUUCUGCCACGGCACUUUUUGCGUAUUUUGAAGAUGGACGACAAUAAACUCUGGAGCCUGGAUCAGAUGAUUUGUACGGAAAUGUGGAAGCUUGGAUUCAGUUCUAUUCUCACGAAGGAAGUUCGACUUGUUGGUUGUGAAGCAACCUUGUUGGCUUUUGAAGAAGCUAGUCUUCUGACGACAAUUCCAGAGUUACAAAGACACUCUCUUGUUAUAUAUGAUAAACUGAAACAAACCUGCUGGGAUAAGGGACACACCUAUGUGAAUGUUGAUGAUCUGACUGGAUUACGGCCAUCUGAGGUCAACAUUGAAAGUGAAUGGGAAUCACUGAAUUUUUUGAAGGAAUCAGAGAUUAUUGUGAUUGAAAAGAAGCGGGUGUAUCUUCAGCGUUUCUACAACUAUGAGAAAGAAAUUGCUACCUGUAUAAAGGAACUUGUGGAUAAACCCCCAAUGCAAAUGCCUGUGUCUGUGAAGGAAGUUCUGAGAGAUGCUUUUGUUCAAACCCAGAGCGACUACUUAUGGAAGGAUAAUGAGGUGGAUGAUACAGAACACAGUAAAACCAUUAAUUUGGAUGAAGAGCAGGUCAAAGCUGCCACCAUGAUGUGUAAAAAUCCUGUUACAAUUAUAAGUGGUAAAGGUGGUUGCGGAAAGACCACAAUUGUCAGUCUCGCCUUCAAGGCAGCAGUUGAAAAAAUGAAACGUGCUGAGGAUGAAGAACUUUUGCAAGCGUGUGAAGAUCUUGAGCAGGAUCAAUCUGCUCCUGAAAGCUGGGUUAUACCAAAAACUCCGACUACACGUACUGAUGGUGUUGAACCAAAUGACGACAGCAAAGCAGUUGUGUUGUUCACUGCACCGACUGGAAAGGCAGCAUCUCUUUUAAAGAAAAAAACUGGAUUUAAUGCUUAUACGUUACACCAGGUAAUGUGGAGUUUCAGCUUUGCCAAAUAUUCCAAGGAAAAACCAAAAGUAUUCGAUUGGAUGUUUUCUGAAGUUCAGGUUUUGAUUGUUGAUGAGGGAAGUUUGGUCUCGGUGAAGACUUUAAGUACUGUUUUAAAAUCGCUUAUGAAAUAUGCCAAUCUCAAAAAGCUUAUAAUCCUUGGUGAUAUUAGACAGUUGCCCAGUAUAGAGCCCGGCAACAUGUUUAAGGACAUAUACUUUAGUUUAUACAACAUUGGAUGGGCCAUUGACCUAUCGAUUAAUCACCGUGCAGAGAGUCAACUGAUAGUAGAAAAUGCUGCCAGGAUUGCUGAGAUAGGACUUAAGUCAACUUAUAAAAAGUUGGAAUAUGAUGCAGUGUUGCCUAUAUCGAGCGGGAUAGGAAUCUCAAUCCCAGCAUCUGAUAAAAAAUUCAUUCUGGUUUUGAUCGAUUCUGGCCAAUCUCUAGUUCUUCAAGAUUCUAUCAAUGUUUUGUUAGGACUUGACAAUGUGAUUGCCCCAGGACUUGAGAAUCAUGUGACAUCGCAGUUCAUUGCAUUUAGACGGAAAGAUUGUGAAUUAAUUAAUGAACUCUGCUGCAAGAAAUAUUCGGGUCAUCCUACUAAAGAUCAUAAAAAAAGGCUUGAUUUCCGGGUUGGUGACAAAGUGUGCUGCACUAGGAAUGCUUAUGUCGAGGAUUUUACUGAAAUGUCAAAAACAGAGUCUGAGACUGAUUCAAAGGGGAUGAAGGAAAACUAUCGCUUAUGUAAUGGAGAAAUCUUUUUUAUCACGGAGGAUAAAAUUAUACGAACCAAUACAUCUACUACACGUUACUUGUUACUGGAUGACAAGGAAAAUAAGCAGAUUUUGGUGAAUUUUGAAGAAUUAAGGAAGAAAUGCAAGUUGGCACAUGCAUGGGCCAGAACAAUACACACCUUUCAGGGCUCUGAAGCCGACACGGUUGUGUAUGUUGUGGGACCGGCUGGAAGACAGAACUGGCAGCACAUCUAUACCGCAGUCACACGAGGGCGCAAACGUGUAUAUGUUGUUACAUCCGAGGCUCAUUUUAUUAAAGCAAUGAAAGCCCGAGUCACCCCGAGAAACACACGCCUGCGUGAAUUCCUGCAGGAGAAACUAGCAAAACCAGGAGCUGCAUCAUGCUCUGAAGGAUCACAGUUCCAGCAACAGGCAAGUUAUUGCUGGUCUUCUAGUGUGGAGCUGGACAACAGAGAAUGCAAUGGAGCCUGCGUAAGGCCAGAUGAAGCAGUCAACUCCUUGCCUCAUAGUGAUGAUACAUCAACAAGAGAGAGUUUGGUGAUGACUACUGAUGAAACUGACUCUAAAACAAUUGAAGCAAACUGGUCUCCUGGAUGUAAGAGAAGUGAUAAUACUUCAGCUGGUGAGGGAUCGACUGCAAAGUAUUCAAAGAUAUUAAUGGAAUCACCUCUGGGCUGUACAAAGUUUGAAAUGACGGUACUUGAUAACUCAUCACCACCAGUAAAUGCGGGUAAAAGGUUGUUUACAGAAGAGAACAAAUAAGGCUGUAGAUUUUACUCAAAAAUGACAAGUUGGCAAAUAGACUGCUAUUGUGGAAUUGCAGAUAUGUCUAGAUGAAACUGAAAGGUAUGUUUAUUGAAACAUAGAAAAUAGGUGCAAGAGGAGGCCAUUCGAGCCAGCACCGCUAUUUAUUGAGAUCAUGGCUGAUCGUCCCCAAUCAAUAACCCGUGCCUGCCUUUUCCCCAUAUCCCUUGAUUCCACUAGCUUUAUGGUUUAAAACCAGUGAUAGGACUUUUAAUGCAUGUACCAGUCAAUGUAAUAACGGGUUACAGAGAUAUGCCAGAUAAGUAUUCUCAUGUUAAUUUGUGGCAACCAGUUUUUUUUAAUUAAAAAAAUAUUUUGUGGAAUGUAAGUACUGUUUUUAAAUUUUACAUGAAUGGCAGUAAAUAGUUUUCUAUGAUAUAUAAAUUCAAUUGUACAACAUUCAAUUGUACAACAAUAGUGAUUUUGUCUCACAUGGUUUUA